AACGCUACAAUAAAAAGAUCAAAGCAUGCGAGUAACAACGAUCUGCUAGAAUGUAAUCGUUUUUUUUUCGGUACCACCGAUCGCUCAAUACAACCUUUAACUGGGAAGGUGCGAAUCAUAACUUUCAAUACUACACGAAAGUAUGUGCAGGUGAAUUGCGAUCGCGAACCCAAAGUUACGACAGUGAUUUUGUAGUCGGUCAUGUGCUGAAGUGCAAAAUUCAUCCGGAUAUUUGAUGUUACGGCCCAUACUGGUACUUAUUCAAGGAUUUGGAGAUGGUGCACCCCGAGGAGAGGAUGUCCCCCAAUUCUGUAAAGGCGGUACAAUCAGAUGAGACUAAAAGAGCUCCCGAAUCAACAUGGAUGUUUUGGAAAAUGAGGAGAUAUGUUGUGGCACUUUUAGCAUUUCUUGGUUUCUGUACAUCAUAUGCCCUGAGAGUGAAUCUGAGUAUUGCAAUUGUAGCUAUGACAGAAUUCAAAAACACUACUCUGGAUAACGGUACUGUUAUACAGGUAAAUACUAUAAUAUAUACAUUGGGUUUUGUCUAUAUUGACUUCAUAUAUCUGAUUGGGGGUUAUUUAGCAGCUCGAAUUGGUGGCAAGCGUGUUUUUGGAACCGGCAUAGCAGUCACUGCCGUUUUGACGCUCGUGACUCCAUGGGUGGCGCAAACUAACUUUUAUCUAUUGAUUGUUGUGAGGAUCAUAGAAGGUAUUUUUGAGUUCGGACUCUGUUUUACAGGAACGGUCGGUAUAAUAUGGUGCAUUUUAUGGAUGGUGAUAGUCACGGACUCUCCUGAGGAAGAUUCCAAAAUAAGCGAAUACGAACUGAAUUUUAUCACUUCAGCACUCAAUGAAGAAAGCAAAUCAAACAAGAAAGCCAACUCAAAAAUACCUUGGCGCUCGUUUGCAACCUCUAUGCCUGUUUGGGCAAUUACCGUUUCUCAUUUUAGUGAAAAUUGGGGAUUUUACACACUUCUGACUCAACUGCCGAAAUUCAUGAAAGGGGUUCUGGAUAUGAAGCUCAAUGCAGCAGGUUUCUUAUCUGCCCUUCCUUACCUCGCCAUGGCUAUAAUGACCCAAUUUUCCGGCCAUCUUGCGGAUUGGUUUCUAGUGAAAGGAAUCCUCACAACUACGCAGGUCAGAAGAACUUUCAACUGCAGUGGAUUCGUUGCACAAACCGUUUUCAUGAUGACUGCGGCAUAUUGGUUGCAUCCAGUUGGUACCACGUUCUGCCUUACUAUGGCUGUUGGCCUUGGAGCCUUUGCUUGGGCUGGUUUCAGUAUAAACCAUCUUGACAUUGCUCCCCAGUAUGCUAGUAUUCUCAUGGGUUUCGGCAAUACUUUUGCCACGAUACCUGGAAUUGUCAGUCCUAUACUAACGGGUUACAUUGUAACGGAUGAGACAAGUAUUUCAGAGUGGCGAGUAGUGUUUUUCAUAUCGUCCGGAAUAUAUCUGUUUGGAGCAGUUUUUUAUGGAACUUUCGUUUCUGGUGAAUUACAACCCUGGGCUGUCGAAACUCAGUCACUAAAAACGGAUUUAGAGAGAUACGAAGACAAAAAUCGAACCAGCAGGCAAACCCAUUAUGAGAACAAAAGUUUCAAACCAGAUUCAGAUUAUAGCUAAGAAGAUCAAGAUUACUGCUUGAAGUGUGAAUCAGAGUAAUUUCUUCUCCUGAUAACGAAUAUAGAUACUUAUAUUAAGUGACAAUAAUCAUUACAACUGUAAGUUCUGAUUUUUCUCAAAAUGUAUAUCUAGGACUACUGAAAAAAAAUAAUACAUAAUGAA